UUGGAUGCGUGAAUCAGUAGAGAGAUUGUGCUUUUGGAAGCUCUUUAAAAUCAUUCGCCAGAGCAAAGCAUUCUAAAUUUAAGUUGUUUCCCUCUAGGCAUUUGGCAAAAUGGUGCGCGUGAUCGAGGACAUGUUCGGCAUCGCCGUCAACCCGAUGACCCAGAAGACGGACCGGGUCCGGCGCUUCACGCUGAGCACGGAGCGCGGCAUGUCGGUGUCGAUCCUGACCCUGGGCGCCGUCAUCCAGGCACUGAAGGUGCCCGACUUCAACGGCAAGCUGGAGGACGUGUGCCUGGGCUACGACGACGUGGCGGGCUACUACCGCAACCAGCCCUACUACUUCGGGGCCACCACCGGCCGGGUGGUCAACCGGACUGCCCGCGGGCGCUUCCAGCUCUGCGGCAAGGAGGUGAGUGUGAGCCGCAAUGUGCGGGACCGGCACCAUCUGCACGGCGGAUUUGUGGGCUUCGACAGCGUCAUCUGGGACGUGGUGGGCGUGCACAAGGAUGGGGUCACCCUGCAGCACAUCUCGCCGGACGGACACGAGGGCUAUCCGGGCGAGCUGACCACCAACAUCAACUUCUCGCUAAACGAGACGGGCUGCUUCGGGAUGCGGAUCGAGGCGCGGACGAAGGCCACCACGGCGGUGAACAUCUCGAAUCACAGCUACUUCAACCUGGCCGGCCACGGAGCGGGCAAGGAGGCGCUCUACCAGCACAUGGUGAUGGUCAAGGCCCAGAAGAUCGUGGACGUGGACCAGGAGCUCCUGCCCACCGGCAAGCUGAUGCGCGUGCGCACCACGCCGUACGACUUCUCCAGCCUGGUCAGUCUGGGCAAGCGGCUCAACCAGGUGAGCUCCUGUCCGCUGGGCGGCUUCGACAACAACUUCUGCGUGGACGUCGCGCCCAACCGGGUGCAGUUGGUCGCCAGGGUGGUGCAUCCGUGCAGCGGCCGCUUCAUGGAGGUGCACACCAACCAGCCGGGCCUGCAGUUCACCACGGCCAACAAUCUGCCGGACGAGGACCGCGGGGACGUCCCGAAUGUGGGCAAGGACGGGGCUCACUACGUCCGCCAGGGAGCCUUCACCAUGCAGACGCAGAAGUAUCCGGACGCCAUGAACCACUGCGACUUCCCCACGAUCGUGCUGAAUCCCGGCCAGCUGUACGACCACCAGGUGGUCUAUCGCUUUGGCGCCUGCCCCAAGCGCGUUUAGAUGGAGCAGAACGUGGGAAUGGAAGCUCCGCAUUUUGCCACUUUAAAUUCAAAUUAGAAGUGUGAGUGUCCUUAUUGACAACCCUAAAUAAAAUUUUAU